AUGAAUUAGGAAGGAUAGGUUUAGUAAGUUUAAGAAUCUUUAAUACUAAAAAAACCACAGAGAAUCAUAAAUAGAUACAAACAUAAUUAAUUGCUUUAUAAUUAUUUUGUGAUUAGGGAUUUCAAAUCAGCUUAAGAAUUAAUUGAAAAACUAACUUAAGAACAUGGAGAUAUUCAUGAAUAUGCAAACUAGAUAUAAGGAUAUAUUUUUAAGAUGACUGGGUAGCUUUCCAAAUCAACUGAGACAUUCAAGAAGUUUUUAUCAUUUAAUGAAUAAGAUCAAGAAGUCCUAAAAACUAUUGCAAAGAACUUACAAUUAGAUGGUAGAUUCAAGAUUAGUUUAGAUGUUGCUUAGAAGGCAUUAAAUUUGAAAAAGAAUGAUUGGGAAGUAUUUUAUACUAUUGGAAAUUGCUAUUAUGCCUAAAAAGAUUUUGAUAAAGCACUUAUAAAUUAUAAAAGGGCAUUUGAACUCUCAAUUAAUGAAACAACCUAUAAUCGAUUAGGAAAAUUUUACUUGUCCUUGGAAAAGUACGAUGAAGCCUUAGCAGUUUAUAAGACUGCUCUAAAUUCAUAACCACAAAAUAAUGAACUUAAGGCAUUGCUUGGUGUAUUGCUUUUGAGGAUGGGUUAAACUCAAGAAGCCAAGAGGUAUUUAGAAAGCGUUACUGCAACCGAUACAAAGUCAUUGCUGGGUCUAGGGUCAAUAAUGCAGGAUCAAGAAAGCUAUGAUGAGGCUCUUGUAUAUUACAGAAAGCUAAUAGCAAUACAUCCGACAUCAGCAUAAGUUUGGAAUAAUAUUGCCAUGUGUUAUUAUGGGAAACAGGAAAUUCUUCCAGCAAUAAUUAGUUUGAAAAGGGCAAUUUAUUAUGAUCCUUUUGAGUCUACAAUCCACUUUAAUAUGGGUUUAGUACAUCUAUAUGAAAAAUAAUAUAUGUCAGCAUUUCAUUACUUUUAAACUGCAAUUACUUUAAAUCCAGAUGAUUCCUAAUCAUAUAUGUAUUUAGGAAUAGCCUUAAAUAAAUUGAAUGAUUUCCAGAAUGCAUGCCGAUCAUUUGAGAGAGCCUUGGAGCUUGAUAAAGAAAAAGACUAUUUGAUCUAUUUGAACUAUUGCAUAAUUUUGUUGUAGAGAGGAGAUGAAUCAUCAUAAUAUGCUUAACAAAUUUUUCGAUAUUUUUGUGAUUAAUACAAAGAGCAAGAAUAACAUUAUGAUAAUCGUUGCAAAAAGGAAGUUGUUUAAGAACUCAAGUCACAAAUAUAUAAAUAUCUAAAGUCAUGA